AUGGAAAGCACCGAGAGGAAAAUGUCUUCAGCCAAACAAGAACAAAAUGGAUAUUUAGGGAAAGAGAAGGAUGAAAAAAAGAAAGGAAAGAAAAAGGAGAAGGCGCCUAAGGAGCCCAUGGUCAGCCCCAUCGCUGUGUUCAGGUUUGCGGAUGGCUGGGACAUCCUGAUGCUUAUAACCGGGACUGUGAUGGCGAUUGCCAACGGGGCCGUGCUUCCCCUCAUGUGCAUCGUCUUUGGAGACAUGACAGACAGCCUCAUCAACGGCGUCCCUCCAAAUAUGACGGAAGAGUACUACAAUUUAACACUUAUAAAUAUGACCGCCAAUAUAGAAGAAGAAAUGACUGUGUUUGCCGUCUACUACUCCAUCAUGGGUGCCGUUGUGCUGGUGGCCGCGUACCUGCAGGUGUCUUUGUGGACCAUCGCAGCAGGGCGGCAGGUGAAACGCAUCCGCAAAUUGUUUUUCCACAAAAUCAUGCAGCAAGACAUCGGCUGGUUUGACAUCAACGAAACUGGAGAGCUCAACACUCGUCUCACAGAUGAUGUCUACAAGAUCCAGGAGGGCAUUGGAGACAAGGUGGGGAUGCUGAUUCAAAGCGUCAGCUCCUUCAUCACAGCUUUCGUCAUCGGCUUUACCAAAGGCUGGAAGCUCACUCUUGUCAUUUUGGCAGUGAGUCCUGCACUCGGGAUCUCAGGUGCUCUCUUCAGCAAGGUGUUGACAAGCUUCACUUCCAAAGAACAGAGUGCAUACGCUAAAGCCGGUGCUGUUGCUGAGGAGGUGCUGUCCUCCAUCAGAACAGUCUUUGCCUUCAGCGGCCAAAACAAAGAGAUUGAAAGAUAUCAUAAAAACCUGGAGCAGGCCAAAAAGAUGGGAAUGAAGAAGGCCGUCUCUGCCAAUAUAGCGAUGGGCUUCACCUUCUUGAUGAUCUAUUUCUCAUACGCUCUGGCCUUCUGGUACGGAAGUACGCUCAUCCUGAGCGGCGAGUACACCAUCGGCUCUGUGCUCACUGUGUUCUUUGUUGUGAUUAUUGGAGUUUUCACGAUGGGUCAGACUUCUCCUAACAUCCAGACGUUUGCCAGUGCCAGAGGAGCAGCCCACAAGGUCUACCACAUCAUCGACAAUAAACCAAUCAUCGACAGCUACUCAGAAGACGGCUUCAAGCCUGAUUUCAUCAAAGGAGAUAUAGAGUUUAGCAACAUCCACUUCAACUACCCCUCCAGGCCUGACGUUAAAAUAUUGGAGAACAUGUCCCUGAGUGUGAAGAGUGGACAGACCAUGGCUUUGGUGGGCAGCAGCGGCUGUGGUAAAAGCACAACCAUCCAGCUUCUGCAGAGGUUCUACGAUCCAGCGGAGGGAAACGUUUCCAUCGACGGUCAUGACAUCCGGUCCUUAAACGUCCGCUACCUGAGAGAGAUGAUUGGAGUGGUGAGCCAGGAGCCCAUCCUGUUCGCCACCACCAUUUCUGAGAACAUCAGAUAUGGCCGCCCUGACGUGACACAACCGGAAAUUGAACAAGCUGCCAAAGAAGCCAACGCCUACGACUUCAUCAUGAAUCUUCCUGACAAGUUCGACACUCUCGUGGGGGACAGAGGGACCCAAAUGAGCGGGGGCCAGAAGCAGAGGAUCGCCAUCGCUCGAGCUUUGGUCCGCAAUCCUAAAAUCCUCCUGCUGGAUGAAGCUACAUCUGCUCUGGACGCUGAGAGUGAGACCAUUGUGCAGUCUGCACUCGAUAAGGUGCGACUGGGCCGUACCACGCUGAUCGUGGCUCACCGCCUCUCAACCAUCAGAAAUGCUGACGUCAUUGCUGGCUUCCAGAAUGGCAAAGUGGUGGAAGUGGGGACUCACAGUGAGCUGAUGGAAAAACAGGGAGUCUACCACACACUGGUCACUAUGCAGACGUUUCAGAAAGCAGAUGAUGGAGAAGAGGAGAGUGACGCAGAUGAAAAGAGCCCGUUAGCCAAGCAACUGUCAGACUCCAGCCUGUUCAGGAGGAAGUCGACCAGAGGCUCCUCCGUCACUUCAGACGCACGGAAAGAGGAGAGGAAAAGCUUCAAAAAAGACAGCAAAAAGGAGCAGGACAAGGACAAGGCAGAUGAAGAUGAAGAUGUUCCUGCGGUGUCGUUCUUCCGAGUGUUAAAGCUCAACAAGUCGGAGUGGCCUUUCAUUUUCGUGGGCACCUUUUGCGCCAUCAUCAACGGAGCAAUACAGCCUGUUUUUGCCAUCCUCUUCUCCAAAAUCAUCGCCGUGUUUGCAGAACCAGAUAAGGAAGUUGUCAGAGAAAAAUCGCAGUUCUUUUCCCUCAUGUUUGUAACUAUUGGAGGAGUGUCGUUCGUCACCAUGUUUCUGCAGGGAUUCUGUUUUGGUAAAUCAGGAGAAGUUCUCACCUUGAAACUAAGACUGGGAGCCUUUAAAGCCAUGUUGAGACAGGAUCUUGGUUGGUUUGACAACCCCAAGAACAGCGUGGGAGCCCUCACCACAAGACUUGCCACAGAUGCAGCACAAGUACAAGGGGCAACUGGAGCUCGUUUGGCAACAGUGGCCCAGAACUUUGCUAACCUCGGUACUGGCAUCAUUUUAGCCUUCGUCUACGGCUGGGAGCUGACCUUACUGGUCUUAGCCGUGGUGCCAAUAAUCGCGGUGGCCGGAGCUGUGGGGAUGCAGAUGCUCACUGGACAUGCAGCCGAAGACAAAAAGGAGCUGGAGAAAGCCGGAAAGAUUGCCACAGAGGCAAUAGAGAACAUUCGCACUGUUGCAUCUCUGACCAGAGAAGCCAAGUUUGAGUCUUUGUAUCAGGAAAACCUCAAAGUGCCAUACAAGAACUCCCAGAAAAAGGCCCACACGCAUGGUUUUACAUUCUCCUUCUCCCAGGCCAUGAUCUACUUUGCCUAUGCCGGCUGUUUCCGCUUUGGUGCCUGGCUCAUAGUGCAAGGACGGAUGGAUGUUGAAGGAGUGUUCCUGGUGAUUUCAGCUGUUCUGUUCGGCGCCAUGGCUGUCGGGGAAGCCAACUCCUUCGCCCCCAACUACGCCAAAGCCAAAAUGUCCGCUGCCCACCUGGUGAUGCUGAUGAACAAAGUGCCUGAAAUUGACAAUCUGUCAAACGAAGGGGAGACCCCGGAUAAAUUUAAUGGCAACGUAACCUUUAAGGAUGUGAGGUUUAACUACCCCUCACGUCCGGAUAUCCCCAUUCUGAAAGGGCUCAAUCUGAAGGUGAAGAAGGGAGAAACUCUGGCUCUGGUUGGCAGCAGCGGCUGUGGAAAGAGCACCACCAUCCAGCUGCUGGAGCGAUUCUAUGACCCCAAGGAGGGGAAAGUGGUCCUGGAUGACGUGGACGUCAAACAGCUGAAUAUCCACUGGCUGAGAUCUCAGAUCGGAAUCGUUUCCCAGGAGCCCGUGCUGUUCGACUGCACUCUGGCCGAGAACAUCGCAUACGGAGACAACAGCCGCUCUGUAACCAUGGAGGAAAUCGAGGCUGCUGCCAAAGCGGCCAACAUUCACAAAUUUAUAGAGGAACUGCCACAGAGGUACAACACUCAGGCAGGUGAUAAGGGGACUCAGCUUUCAGGCGGGCAGAAGCAGCGAAUAGCCAUAGCCCGAGCUAUUCUCCGCAACCCCCAGGUUCUGCUGCUGGAUGAAGCCACCUCUGCACUGGACACUGAGAGCGAGAAGGUGGUGCAGGACGCUCUGGACCAGGCCAGUAAAGGCAGGACGUGCAUCAUCGUGGCUCACCGUCUGUCCACCAUCCGCAACGCAGACCGCAUCGCCGUCUUCCAGGGGGGAGUGGUGGUGGAGCAAGGGACGCAUCAGCAGCUGCUGGCAAAGAAGGGAGUCUACCACAUGCUGGUGACCACACAGCUCGGGCACGGGACGAAUUGAGAACCCAUCUCUGGUCUCGGGCUGAGCACUUGUGCCUUUUAUGAGCAGUUAUAUUCAUACUGAGCAGCUCCGGCAGCUAGGGACUGAAUGCACUGACCUCAUCCUGUGAGUUACACUCUCUGUAAUCUGUUUAACAACUGCUGCUGUUGAUUAGUUGUCAUGUUUAUUGACUGAACUUUUGGAAAACUUUUAUUGACUUUGACAAAAGCUUACAUCAAAACAUUUAAAUUCUCCACAUUGAGCUCAGAGGAAGGGAUCAAUCUUGAUAAGUUAUUGGGGGAAAUUUCUUAUUGAUGAUGUCUAAAGAAAAAAACAAUUUUUUUGUUAAGAUAAAGCAACUUGAAGCACGCUUAAUUUUAAAUGACUUUUCUUAAGUGCACUUAAUAGUGAUUCAUGCACUUUAAUUCAUGCUAAAAGUGCAAUAGUGUACCACCAAGUUUGACUAACACUGGGACCGUCGCUGCAUAUUAUUACGUGUUCUUUAGGAAAUGUGUUUGGGUAUCGGGCACCUUAUCACAGCUUUGGAUGAUCAGACCAAAAAUGUUGGUAGAACCAAAGUGCCUGAUCGGCUUAACCAAGAAUACUGUAUAUUAAAAAGAAAAAUCUUGAGUUUAUGCUAAUGUACAUGAAUGUUCUAAUCGUGUUUAUUAAUAACUUAUCUUUUGUAGAAAGUCCUGAUAUGUAUCUAUUAAAGUUUUGUAUUCAAAAACAAA